AUGCAAGGGGUGACUGAGCUCGUCCGCUGUGAACGGACAGGCGACACAUGGCUGACAGAAGUACAAAACCAACUGCGGCACGGAGAGCUCUCGGAGGAUAGCCACGCUUUCCUGCACGGGAACGUGACCUCGGUCCCGGGAAGCUGGACUCAGGGACGCCCGGCCUGCGGUGCACGUGCGUGCGCAGCACUGGUGGGUCAGAACCCUGACACGAUUCGUCGGCAUGAGUGCGCGCGGUGCGCCGAGGAGCGUGUCUCCCGGCAGCUCGUCGCGCACGGACCAGCGGAUCCACGGUUCCAGGAAGCUUUUGCAAACGCCACCGCCAUCUUUGCCACGAAUGACGUAAAAUUCCACGUGAACAAACGUCGUGCUCUCUGCUGGGCGGCAGCGCACAAGGUUGUCGCGCACAUCGCCGUGGCCCGGGACGUGGCCUCUGCGACUGUCUUGCAAGACAAGACGGACCUCGCCGCGGAAAAGUUGCAGUGGCUGCAAAGACACGACCAAGAGUGUGGGGGUUUGUACGGCCUCUUACCUUUGUGUCUCGGCUUGCCCGUGCGCGCGACAGAUCACUUAGAUCGGCAACGUGGUAUUUUGAAAGGCUGCCGAGGAGUCGUGGUCGGGUGGUCGUCACCUGCAGAGGAGGUAGUUGGCGAAGGUGUGGCUCUCUGGAACAGAUUGCCCGAAGUCGUGUACAUCCAGUUUCAGACUGCCACGACAUGGCACAUUAGCGGGAUGCCAGACGCCAAUGUGUAUCCGGUGGCGCCAUGCAAACGAGUGUGGUUCCUGGAUCGCCAAAAGAAAUACCCGCAGUUGCGAGUUUGGCGCACGCAAUUUCCGCUCGCUCCCGCCUUUGCAAUCACGGCGCACGUUGCCCAGGGGCAAACCAUUGUAGAGGGCGUUAUCACCGACUUGAACAUCGGCCUCGGCGGGAACCCCUUUACAGCGUAUACGUGCGAGGAGCGGAAGCCGUGCGUUCGGUGCGCUGUGCGCAAACCUGAAGCAGCCUUCGGCCCCGCCGCCUGGAAGGCGCGCAACGUCGACCGCAGAAUUUGUCGCGAGUGUGCGCGUAAGGAGCGCGGCUUGUGGCAGUGCACCACGUGUAACAUGCGCAAAGAACUCGCCCAGUUUAGCGCGUGGGUAGCCAAACGAGCUGCAGGCCAAGAUGGCCAUCAAAUUUGUAACGGCUGCAACACCUUGCGAGUCGCAUGUCGAUACGCCGGCCGCACCAAUCAUAGACUAGCGCGCCUCCGCGCCCGCGCCGAGCAGGGACGUCUCCGCGCGGUACUCCCGGCGCUCCCCUCCGAUGCCACGGCCAGGGGGUCCGACCUCGACCGUCGCCGGAGGCUCGUGGCAUCGCCGGAAGUUUGCUCCCACCUGGCUCGCGCGCGUAAACUCUUGGCGGAGGAACACCGCCGCGGUCUGGUCGCCGAGGUUCGUGCUCAGAUUGCUUCGUUGGCGACGUCUGCGCUUGCGUUCCCGCAGACGCAGAAGGGCAGCCAGACACCCCCCGCCCACACAACCGCUAAGCCAGCGCCCACCUCGCCCGGCACCGUUGCAUUGGAAGGGAAACCUUCCUACACAUACGUUUGCCCAUUCUGCGCCCGACAGACGCAGAGUUCCAUCCACACCGGCCAGAUCGACCAUCGCCAAGUGUGCGGCAACCAGUUCCGCGUUUCCGACGGCCUCGUGCAAGGCCGCAAACACGCCCAUGCGUGUCCGAAGUGUGGGACGGUGGUGUUCUCCACGAAGGAGGUGGGUCGACUUCAAGUACAACACACACAGCCCAAUGGCAAACCUUGCCGCUGCUGUAGCUGGACGGUGCUCCAGAGAAAGUAG